AUGGGAGUCGUUCUUGCAAACUGCACGACCCCCCAUUCUCACGAGUACAUCAGCUUCCUGCAUUUCCCCAACGCACAUUGUUGUUCACAAAUAACCAGUCUCGACACUUUCAUUCUGAGCCGACAAAGGGCCAAACAUAUAGUUCAUACUUGUUGGCAAAUUGCCCAUCGAGUUCUCACCACAACCAUCUUCGGUCGCCUCGAGCCAGGUCGAGUUGUCGGCUUAUACUUCCCUGCCCCCGAUUACUUGCCCUUCGACAAUCUCAAGCCUAACUUCCUACUUGAUUGUUACGCUCUUGAGAGAGCAGAGAUGUUGGAAAGUCGGGGUAAUGACUUGUAUAGUUGGCUUGAUGGUAAUAAGCAUCCGAUUUACAUCCUCCCCAGCUGUAUUGGUGAUUCAUUCUUACCAGAUGACCCCGCCACUUGGCUUCCUCCAGAUCAGUUGACUCCAGCAUGUGUACUACCCGAGUCUGAGGAUGAGGAACAAAGAGGAUGA